AUGUCUUCAUCAGCAAAUACAACUGUCGAUACAGCUUCAUUAUCUCCACCACAAAGUCGAAUAAUUGUUUUCAUUAUUCUCAUUAUAUUACUCAUCCCUUCUGUUAUAUGUUCACUAUAUUUAUUUUAUCAAUUUAUUCAACGACCUGAAAUGCGUCGACGAGAUACAAAUCUUGUUUUCAUCUGUUUAAUUAUUAUUAAUUUUUUGCAAGCUACAGGAGAAUUACCAUUGACAUUAACUUUUCUAUAUACAAAUCAAGCUGCAAUAUUAAAACCAAUAUUUUGUCAAUGGUGGGCAUUUUUAAGUGCAAUACUUUAUGGUACCGGUCUUUGGAUUAUGGCAAUGGGUAGUAUCGAAAGAUAUCUAUUUAUUUUUCAUUCACAUGCAUUGAAAAAAUAUCGUAUUCAUUUUCGAUCUAUUUCAUUGAUGAUUUGUUUUAUUUUACCAAUUGGUUUAUAUAUUUUUCUUGUAUUUCUAUUUCCAUGUACAAAUCAUUUUAUUUAUAUUAUUUUCUGGUGUGCAGCACCUUGUUAUAUGACCCAAUCAUUUUGGCAAGUUUUUUCUUGGUUAAUCGAUAAUGGUAUACCAAUGUGCAUUAUUGUCAUUGUUAAUAUUUUUCUUCUAACGAAAGUUUUAUGUCAAAAAUAUCGUAUGCAACAAAUUAACAUGUGGUCAAAAAAUGCACGAAUGCUUUUUCAGUUGAUGAGUGUCGCAAUUUUAUAUGCUGUUUGUUGGUUACCAUUUUUAGUUUCUGGACAAAUUAUGAGUUAUACUCAAGAUCUUUCGUCAACAGCAACAAUGCUUUACCUAGAAUAUUUUGUUUAUUUACCAUAUAUUAGUGUUACACUUUGUCCAUUCGUAUGUCUUUUUAGUUUGUCGAAAGAAAUAUUUAGAAGACAAUGA